AUGUGCGACGCGCUGAAGGACCUGUGCCGCUUGCAGCCUCGCCAGCCACCCAAUAACUCGAAAAUCUCAAGCUCUUCCAUCAAGCACGCAUGGCACAUCCUUCUAUGGCACGAUUUGACAUCUAGGGAGUUCUUGGAUCACAGCGUCCAUCGUAGCGCGCCCGCACUCUUGGACCUGGACGUUCUCACCGCGAACUCGGCAGCAUGGACCACAGCAUCACCAGGCCUGCAAUGGCUAGCGAGGGCGAAAAUCUCUCCGGUAUUUGUCCCAGCCUUAGCCGACCUAUUCUGGUUGGUCGAGACUGCACUAGAAGAGACAAGCCCGUCCAUUGAGAGCUUGUUGAGCCUCCGGGAUGUCGCAUGGGAGCUAAUGCACCCCGCCGCGCAUCCAACAACGCCGCUCUCCGACAUGCUGCACUAA